AUGUCGUCCGAUCCACCCACCCCCUUCGAUCGUGUCUACCAUGUCCUCCAGCUCUUCCGCUUGCCCGAGAACCCGUCGCAGGCCCAGUUGAAUGGGCUCUGGCCCUGGGACCUUGCUGCACUUCGCGAUAACUUGCAGUUAGAGCACGAUGCUGAGUUAGCUCGUGUGCACCCCCGCCCUUUGGAGCCACAGUAUGCGGCGCUCCUUCGUCGCCUCUUCCAAUGGUAUAGUAUGUAUGGGACCUGA